UUUAUUUAAUCCGGGAAUCACUUUUACUUACCCUUUCCCUGGCAUAAUGUGUAAUAAUGUCUGGUCAACCAAGCGAGGGCUUAAGAUCCAAAAUGGGGAUUAGCAUGGAUUAGGUCAUGAAAUAUUUUGGCACAAAUAUUUACAGGGGAGACAAGCGGCACUUGACCUGUUUUGACCUGGCCGAUUAGGUUACAGGUAGUAACCAACAGGUAACCAAUCAAAGGUUUAGAUAGAUAUAUAAGAACCGCUUUUCGGUUUCGAGGAUAUCACUAUUCGACGAGAAGUCAAGGCGAAAAGAACUCGUUACUUUCACCCAGCACAUAUCAUCUCUAACCGCAAACCCACCAUGGAGCAGGAAAAGAUGCUGAAGCCCACUGUCACCUAUCAUCUGUUCCUGUACCGCGUCGAGUUGGCCCGUCGGAAUGCCCGGCAGCUGCGGCUUUCCCGCACCAAAAUCGAGAUCACGGACGAGCUCAUCUCCAAUACGGUGCGCAAUCUGAAGACGUGCAGCUUGGACGACCUGAAGGCGGUCAACCGGGAGCUUCUGUUCAAGCGGAAACUGCGGAGCAACGUGUCCAAGCUGAAAAAGGAGGCCAUGCGGCAGCAGCGCCAAGAGAACCACGACAACUCAGCGAAACAGGAUUAGUGUCGAAUCAAUCAGAGCGCUUUGAUUUAUUGUAUAUAGCCUGUGUAAAUAAAUACUUUUGAUAAGACUUUUGCAUUGAAAA